AACGACUAGGUGACAAGGAGGACGGACCCCGCAAAUCGGCCAAGCUACGCCUGGGGCUUGAGGCAGCUCGGGCUAGUGCUUUCGAUUGCCUUGGCGGCGAAAGGGACCCACACCCUGCAUAGUCAAAGCAUUCUAGGGAUGCGGAGACAAUCCAUUUGGAUGAGGAAGAAGCUGAAAGCCAACCUCGACAAUCGGCAUACACCCGACUCUCAUAUAAAGAUCAGGAGGAGGGCGUCAACCUGAUCGGGAGCAUGGUGCGAAAGCUGAAGGCCUUGGAGGACAAGGUGGAUGAGAAGAGUGGACGGAGGAAGCAUACCCUGGCGAGAUCUCCAUUUUCCUUGCAAGUCCAUACCCAGAGGUUGAGGAGGAAGAUCAAGCUUGAUGUGGAGAAGUUCACCGGGAAGGAGGACCCGGAUAUACAUCUGGACACUUUCAUAAUGCCGCACAAAUGGCAGGAUGUACCGAUGCGGAGGAAUGUCUCCUAUUCUUCUUGUCACUCCGGGGGAGACCAGAGACCACCCUCAUCAUACCAGGAAGUUUACAACACCGCUUGGGAGUAUGCUGAAGCGGAAAACUUGAAUUGGAGUAAGCGUGAGUUAGAGGAAGGGUAUACCAAAACCAAGACUGACAAAGUCAAGAAGGAGGACCAGGCACGGUCGUCAAGGCUGAAGGCGGCUUACGAAGAGACGGUGCACCAGAUCCAGGACGAGCGGAAGGAGGCUAAUGUGAAAGCCUCCCCCAAGGCUAAACAAAUUCUCAAAAUUGAGAAAGGUUGCGGGUUCGCCUUUCUCUUGACAUCUGAGGAUGAAAGUGAAGGUAUAGAGAUGGGAAUUUGCAAUCAAUUGCCUGGGGAGGAAUAUCCAAUGAUUUCAGUGAUCAAUGUAGAGGUGAUGAAGGGGCACUCGAAAUCCAGCCUUUACAAAUUUAAAGUGCAUAAUAAGGUUCCAGGUGCAAAAACAUUGACCUUUAUCAUUUCAAGGGCUAAAAAGGAAGGAAGGUUUGAAAACAAAUUGAAAUUGGGGAUAAAGAACUGAAGGAAUUGAUGUUAUUGAACAAGAGAGAAAUUCAAAUUGGAAGCGUAAAGAAGAAAAAGUGGGUGAUGACUUAAUAUGCAGAGAGAGCUUUGGGGUCCUGAGGCGUAAUGAUGAAUAAAAACGGCGGAGAUGAUGAAGCUUCCAUAAUAGCGGCCGGUUCCAAAGGAUUUUAAGUCAUGAAUGUUUUAGAUUCAAUGGUCCCAUGAUGAUGCGUCAUACAUAGGACUUGGGG